AUGACGGUGCAGCAGUUAAGCCCAUUACUAUACCGUUCUGCUCUCCGCGUCAGCGGCCUGCCGCCGGAUGGGGCCCCCAAGUUGGGCCCCUGGCUCCGAGGCUUCAUCAAGGACGUCGAUGGCAGAGCCAACUUCUCACUGGAUCCAAUCGUCCAGGAACUCAAGGAUCUCAUUGAGAGUAAAGCCGAAAUCCGCAUGUUGGCUUCGGCCAUGCUCGAUGAGAUACCGGUCAAAGACCCCUACAAGAGGAACCCCUCAGAGCACAAACACAUCCGAGACUAUCAACACCUGCUCUCACUCGUCAGUGUAAUCAUGAACGAGGUUGCGCCAGCCUGGAACAUGACCAAAGACCAUAUGGCAAUCAUUGGAGAGCCGUUCAACAUCCUGUUGGACUGGCCAAUGAAUACACCGAGCGGGUACGCGUUCUUCCUGCGAGAUGAUGUAAACGCGAAGCUCAAAACCAUUCUGGACACGUGGAGAGAACGAGUCCUAAAAACCACCAAGUCGCAGUACGUUCUCACAACCGCGAGCGGGGGUUGGCUCUGCAACGCGGCGUUGAGGGUCAUUGAGGAAGACGCCAAUAUCAGUGUUGUACCCUGGGCCUCGUUCCAGGCCAUGUUCGCUUGCGAACCUGAAAGGGACCCGGUCUACUGGGGAUAUGCGACAUGGGACGACUUUUUCACGCGCAAAUUCAGGGACAUCGACCGCUUUCGUCCCGUCUCCCAUCCUAGCGACCCUGCAUGGGUGGUACACGCGUGCGAAUCCAUGCCCCUCGCGUUGACAAUGAAUGUCAAGAAAUACGACAAAUUCUGGAUGAAGGGCCAGAACUACUCAGUAGCCGAGAUGCUGGACCACCACGAACUUGCGGAUCAGUUCGUCGGCGGCACAGUACACCAGUCUAUCCUGAGUUCGACGCAAUAUCAUCGCUGGAGUUCUCCGGUAGAAGGAGACGUGGUAUUUGCCAAGGUGAUCCAGGGAAAGUACUUUGCGAAGACGCAAACCACGGGGCUGGACGGCCAGGGUCCAGAUAACAUACACCAGCACGAAGUAUAUUGCAGCCAUAUCGCUACCCGAGCCAUCUUGUUCAUCCAGGCGCCCGAACCUAUUGGGCUCAUGUGCCUUAUUGCCCUCGGCGCGGCUGAUGUAUCGACAUGUGAGAUCACAGCAAAGUUUAGCACAGGUUUGCCGAAGCCGGUGGCGAAGGGUGAGGAGCUUGGCAUGUUCCACUACGGAGGUUCAAGCUGCUGCCUCCUCUUCCGGAAAGGAGUGCAACUUGCCUGGGUCCCAGGGGCGAUUCCUGGUAAUGGAAAGAAGAACCAGCCGAUCCGUGGCGAGCUGGCUCUCGCAUAUAAGAGUUGA